CCGCUGUGCGACCCGGAAGUCCUGCGUUUCCUGUUGUCGCAUCACUCGCGUGUCGUGUCUGUCAGCUAGCUGUUACUUAUAUAAACAACCCGAAUUAAAAUAUGAAACACUUGACAGGAGAGUGACAAUAAACACGUAUCGCAUGAGGAAUGAGACGGCAUUCAUUUUGCUCACGCUUGUAAACUGCUGUAAAGAAAGUGUUUUGGAAACGCUGCUGUUUACAUGUAACGUUAUUCAAACUGAAAUUCAUAUUGUGAAAGGACGCUUUGUAUUUCUUGCUCAGGACGGACCAUCCGUGAAUAAUCUGCUUCAUCUCUUAGUGUUGGGGAUGUGACCCUCUCUCACAUUAUGGUCUCAGCCACUCAUGUGAUCAUGACUGUCCAUCCCAUCCUGGUCCUGCUGCCCAUUCUGGGGCUCCUUGUGCUUCCAUGUGCACCCUCGCAUUUGGUGAAUGGCCUCAGGAUAGUGGCUAAUGUGCCUAUGAACAACACAAGGGAUUGUAACCUAACCUAUUGUCCUCUGAAUGAAGACUGUACGAAGGCUAUUCCUAAUAAAAAUCAAUCUGUGUGUUUUCUGAUCAGCUGUGCGAAUAAUACCCAGAACUUUUCUUGUGAAAAUAUCACAGAUUUCGACGACAUGUUAGCGGAACCAAGUGUGAGCACAAAUGACUCAAUCCAUGUGGGCAAAAAUCAGACUGAUAAAUCAGCACUUCCCCAUCAGUCUGCUAGCAACAACUCUUCACCUAAUUUAACACAACUGUUACCUAACGUCUCGAUCUCCAGGACUUCCACUACCACAGAAUCGACCACUUUAAAAAUGAACUUUACGACUAUAGCGACCAUCAACCUGCAGACAAAUACAACAGAGAAAGCCACCACAGCUGAUGCAGUGUCAAAACUAGCGAUCACCGCAACCAUUCCGACAACACUAGCCGUGACGUUCAACACCAUAACUACACCUGAACCAACCACAACUAGCCCUAAACCAUCUCCAACAACUACCAGCACAACCACCACCCCCACAACAGUUGCACAAACCAUGAUUCCACAACAGCCUUCUUUACCGUCCCAAUCAGGGACCAAUAUGUCCGCCAGCAUUUCACCAUCAGUGCCUACAACACCUUCAUCCACUCCUUCCACAAAACCAAUCCAAACUUCUGCAGCAUCAUCGGAUGAGAAGAAGCCAACACAGACCAUGCCAAAAACCUCAUUGAGCCCCUCAGUAGUGGCGUCUGCACUGCCUAAGGACAUUCCCAAAAGGGACCAAGCCAUGAUUGAUGUGGCCGGGGACCCUUUGACCAGCCACCUGUUGAACACAAGCUCCUUGUUGGCAGUUCUUCUGUUUGGCCUCCUCUUCUUCGUGGUCACGGUGGCGCUGUUUCUCAAACAAGCAUACGAGAGUUACAAGCGGAAGGACUACACUCAGGUCGACUAUCUCAUCAAUGGAAUGUACUCCGAUUCGGGGGUCUGACCGGGAUUGUGUGGUUUACAUUUCAGUAUAUUUCCAUUUUCAAAGGUUGGUAGCUGAUUGACUUUGGUUUAAGACCCCUUGGUAGCACUCAAACGCUUGAAAGAGAAUCCAGCUGGUGCUCGAGUGAGUUGGUAUGAUGUGUAUCUUUUGUUUCUAUGCAGAUUUAGCUUCCACGUAAUUCUUGGCACAUGGGGCUGAAGCCUUAGUAUUAACUUAGCCCUCAACCUUCGUUCAACGAAUGUCAUUAUAAGGGAUUCAUAGUGCAAUACAUGGAAAUGUUUUGUCUAAUCUGUCAUGUCCAGUGUUUCAUCUGCGGCUGAUGAUAUUGGCUGCAAUAAUUGCCUUUUUAUGUUUGUCGGAACAGUUCAGGAACAUUCAAAGAAUUGUUUGAAUUAAUGCCUUUUUUUUUUUUUGUAUGUGUGUGAGGUAUAAAUGCCAAACCAGGAGAUGUGACACAGAAGCACAUUAUUGUAAAGCCAAGGGAAUAACUCAGCCAUUGUGUAUUUAGUGUCUGGAACAAAGAACAGAUCAGAGGAAGGGAUGAAGUAUGAUACUUUGAUAUGUGCCAAAUUGAUUUUGUAAGUCUUAAUAGCUGCACUGUUAAAAAGAUAUAUAAUAAAGAAAAAACCUACUUUGCA